AUGAUAAAGGCGACAACAUCGGGAAUAUUAAAUCAUUUAAAAAAUAAACACAAAGAAGAAUAUCAUAAGUUGGUACCCACGUUCCCUAAGGAGCAAGAAACUACAAAUCAAGAUACGAAUGUAAGUAAUAAACCUUCAACGUCAAAAAAACAACUAACUCUUGAAAAAUGUGCAGAAAUUAGUAAACUAUGGGAUAUUAAUGACCCCAAGGUAAAAAAGUACCAUGUGUUAAUUGCUGAAAUGAUCGCACUUGAUAAUGAGGUAGUAAAUAUAGUAGAAAGGGCUGGUUUUAGAAGACUGAUUAAUAGUGCUUUGCCGCGGUACAAUAUACCAAGUCGUCCAUACUUUUCAGACAAUGUGAUUCCAGAAAUUUAUCUAUUGAGCAUCAAGCAUUUUGAGGGACAACACAUAGCAACGAAUACAGCUAUGAGUUUACAAGAAAUAGCAAAUUUGUGGGACAUCCGUGAAAAAAUUCAUAUUGUUAUUCAUGAUAAUGGACGAAACAAAGUAAAAGCUGUUAGUGCCUCAGCACGUUGUUUCAUUCAUACUAUUCAAUUGAUUGUCAAUGAUUGUCUAAAGGUUCAGUCAGAUGUGACUCAAAUGAUAGCUACAGAUAGAAAAAUCGUAAUUCAUUUUAAUCAUUCUGGUACUGCACAAGAAAAACUGCAUUCUGUUCAAAAAGAUUUGGGUUUUCCUCAACAUGAAUUAGUCCAAGAUGUUAGCACGCGUUGGAACUCUACAUAUUAUAUGCUCGAAAGGCUAAUGCAACAAAAACGAGCCAUUUCUGUCUAUCUGACGGACUAUCAUAUUGCCAAUUUGACUACUGCACAAUGGGAGCUUUUGGAGCAUCUUUUAAAAUUAUUACAACCGUUUGAGGAGAUAACAAAACUUAUAAGUUCCGGCUACGCUUGCAUUUCUGAAAUUAUUCCGUAUGUUGCUACCUUAAUGCGAUAUUACAAUAAAAUGAGCACGUCAAAAGAGUUAACAACCAAAUUAAGCAUACAACGUCAUACAACAAGGGUUACAAGAACGAUUUGA